GUUUCGUUAUUAGCCAGCUAAAAUAUACCCAAUAUACCACACUCCCACAAUCACAAUGACAAGUCUCUCCCGCGUAUUGCGGCCUUUGUCCCGCACCGCUGCUUCCGCCCGCCUUAUUACGACAAGACAGCCGUUGCGGACCCGAGUUCUUCCUAGCAGUACCCAAGCAUUCUCCACCACGUCCCGCCGGCGGGACGUCGACCUUUCCGGGCUGACGCCUACCCCGAUUACCUUCCUGUCCGAGACGGAGUCCCUGAUGGCGGAGAGCGUGUCCAAGUUCGCGCAGGAGCAGAUCAGCCCGAAGGUGCGGGAGAUGGACGAGGCGGAGACGAUGGACGCGGCGGUGGUGGAGCAGCUGUUCGAGCAAGGGCUGAUGAGCAUCGAAAUCCCCGAGGAAUACGGCGGGGCGGGGAUGAACUUCACGGCGGCGAUCGUGGCCAUCGAGGAGCUGGCGCGUGUCGACCCCAGCGUCAGCGUGCUGGUCGACGUCCACAACACCCUGGUCAACACCGCUAUCAUGAAGUACGGCGACGCCCAGGCCCGCCGCACCUGGCUGCCCCGGCUGGCCACCGGCACCGUGGGCUCCUUUUGCCUCUCGGAGCCGGCUUCCGGUUCUGAUGCCUUCGCCUUGCAGACCAAGGCCGAGAAGACCGCCGAGGGUUACAAGCUCAAUGGCUCCAAGAUGUGGAUCACCAACGCCAUGGAGUCCGGCAUUUUCAUCGUCUUUGCCAAUCUCGACCCCAGCCAAGGGUACAAGGGCAUCACCGCGUUCAUCGUUGAGAAGGAUACUCCCGGCUUUUCGAUCGCCAAGAAAGAGAAGAAACUCGGCAUCCGCGCCAGCAGUACCUGUGUGCUCAACUUUGAUGAUGUCGUCAUCCCGAAGAGUAACCUCUUGGGUGAGGAGGGUCAGGGAUACAAGUACGCAAUUAGCGUGCUGAAUGAGGGUCGCAUUGGUAUUGCGGCUCAAAUGACCGGCCUAGCGCUGGGAGCUUGGGAAAAUGCUGCCCAGUACGUCUGGAACGACCGCCGACAAUUCGGCCAAUUGAUCGGCAAUUUCCAGGGCAUGCAGCACCAGCUGGCCCAGGCGUAUACCGAGAUUGCCGCCGCCCGCGCGCUGGUCUACAACGCGGCGCGGAAGAAGGAGGCCGGCCAGGAUUUCGUCCACGACGCCGCCAUGGCCAAGCUGUACGCGUCGCAGGUCGCCGGGCGCGUGUCCAGCUCCGCGGUCGAGUGGAUGGGAGGAAUGGGCUUCGUACGCGAAGGCAUCGCCGAGAAAAUGUUCCGGGACAGCAAGAUCGGGGCGAUCUACGAGGGCACGAGCAACAUCCAGCUGCAGACCAUCGCCAAGCUGUUGCAGAAGCAGUACACUCGCUAAAAGUGCUCAGGUUGUAUGUGGUGCUUGGCAAUUAGCAUUGGCCGUAGUCAGCAGUGCUAACUGGUAAUGAAUAUAUUCGAACUACUACGUACCGAGCUUGGCUCUAGAGUCCUAGACUCACUAGAUUGAAAUGGCGUGAUUGGAUUAAGCUCCACUUCCGCUGAAAAGGGCCUUCUGCUCGUCUUUUCCGUCUCUGCUUUUU